ACAGCACAGAGAUGCGGGCAGUGGGUUGGAAAAAAGGGAGAUGCUACUCCCAGCGAACCGCCGCCGCCGCUCCCGAGGCCUCACCAAAAUGGCCGCCACCGUCUCGGCCGCCACCACCACCACAACCACCUGCUCGCUAUCGCUACCGCCGGCGCGGCCCGUCGUCUCGCGAGAGACAAUCCCCCAGUGAGAUACAGCAAGUUAGCGAAACUAAGUCCUCCUAA